CCGUCCACCGAGAGAGCGCUACCCGGCGGCGACCAAAACUUGUCCGAUCUCGCGCAUUCCCACCACGAAACCUCCCGUUUUGCUAGCCGCCGUCACGGUUACCGCCGCCGUCGUCGGUGCCGCUAACGUCGCCGUCAAAACGUAUCACGUGAUAGUGCUUGUCAGUAUACAGCGUGAACUCGAGUGCUGACUGUUUUCCGUAUUUUACUUAUUGCCAUAGUAUUUACCGAGUUUUUUGUUUUUGCGUGUUAUACACAUUUUUUUUUAUUGGUUUUUACGUGUUUUAGUACACUAUAUUUUUAGUAUUUACUAUUGUAUUAGUAAAACUACAGUCUAUAAUGGAUCCUAUUGAUAUUCCUUCACCUAAGAAAAAAAAUCCUUGUGGAAAGUUUAUUGGUACUGGUCAAAAACAAAUAAUAAUCAAUCUGUACAAAGAUAUAGUUAAUCAACAACCCGAAAAUCCUGACAGCCCCCGAUUGAAGUACAAAGAAAUGCUUUUGAAAAUUUCAAAAGCAACCGGUAUUGGUCAACGUACAGUUCAGACAACUUUGGCCGAAUAUAAAAAUAAAGGUACUGUAACAUCGCCCAAUAAGAAGAAAAAUAGACCUACGAUUAUUGAAAAAGUGGACGAUUUUGACAAAAACGCAAUAAGGCAAAAAAUCCAUAGUUUUUGGCUCAAUCGUGAAGUGCCCACAAUUGCAAAGAUGUUGACUGCCAUAAAUGAAGAUGAGACACUACCAGAUCUAAAACGUUCAUCAUUUCAUAAAAUAUUGAAACAAUUGCAAUUUGUGUUCGUCAAAAAAUGUCGUAAUAGCGCGCUUCUCGAAAGAGAUGACCUUGUGACUUGGCGGCAAAAUUAUUUGAGCAACAUAAAGCAAUAUAGAGCAGAGGGCAGACAAAUAUAUUACUUAGACGAGACGUGGGUCAACGCGGGAGAAACACAUAGUAGAACAUGGGUAGACAGUUCAGUCACUUCACGACGGGACGCAUUCAAGAGAGGCCUCACAACAGGACAAAAGGACCCCUCGGGCAAAGGUAAGCGACUCAUCGUUUUACACAUUGGAUCAUCUGACGGCUUUGUCCCAGGGGGCCUUUUGUGCUUCGAAUCGAAAACAAACUCAUCCGACUACCAUGAUGAAAUGAAUGGUACUACAUUUUUUGAAUGGUUCGUUAAAAUUAUACCGUUACUUAAAGAUAAGGCAGUCAUUGUAAUGGACAAUGCAUCAUACCAUUCUGUAAGAAAAGAUCCAACUCCAGUGAGGUCGUGGAAAAAACAGGAAAUUAUAGACUGGCUAGAAAGUAAAGGCGAGGUCGUUAUACAACCAAUAGUAAAGGCGGUAUUGUUAGAAAAAGUAAAAAAAAUCAAAUCGGAACACGAAAAAUAUGUAAUCGACGAGUACGCGAAAGAAAAUGACAAAAUCGUUUUAAGAUUGCCUCCAUACCACUGCGAGCUGAACCCAAUAGAGCUCGCGUGGUCAUCCGUUAAACAUUAUGUCCGGUCGCUUAACAAUACAUUUAAAAUAAAAGACGUACAAGAAUUGUUAAAACAAGGUGUAGAACACGUAACACCAGAAAUGUGGGCCAAUUUUGUUAAACACGUCAUAAAGGAAGAAGAUAAAUUUUGGAAAAUCGACUUCAUCACAGAUGAAAUAUUGGAUGAAGAACCUGAAGGAGAACAACACAUCUUAACAAUAGGAACAGGUGAUACCAGUGGUUCUGAUUUAGACUCUGAAUGAUUUAUUUGUAUAAUUAAAAAUUUUUUUUGUUAUUAUUUUCUAUUUUAUUUUUUACAAAAUACAUUUUACCUGUAUGUAA